AUGCCUCCUCGUCCUUGGCAGAGAGUCUCUGGCCCUGGCCCCGAGUCUAAUGGAGAGGCCCUGAUCUCUCAGCCUCUUGGUCGGCGUUUCCCAGCCCCCGUCAAAGCUCACAUUGCAGCCGCCACCAGCGAGUUUGUCGGGACUUUUCUCUUCCUUCUGUUCGCGCUGGGUGCCACCCAUGCUGUCAACACCUCCCCUUCGGCCCUGGGCGGAGUAGUGGAUAUCGCCAGACUGCUCUACAUCUCCCUGGCUUUUGGUAUCUCACUGGCUGUCAACGUCUGGGCAUUCUUUCGCAUCGAGGGUGGCAUGUUCAACCCUGCCGUUGCCAUUGCCAUGUUCGCCACCGGUGGUCUCGGUCUUCUCCGUCUGGCCUUGGUCAUUGUCGCCCAGCUUCUUGGUAGUAUUGCUGCCUCCGCUCUGGUCGUUGGUCUUCUACCUGGCGACGGUAUCGCUGCUACGACUGGUCUCGCUGACGACACCUCUAUCGUCCGGGGCCUUUUCCUCGAGGCAUUCUUGACCGCAGGGCUGGUCUUUGUCGUUUUCAUGCUUGCAAUUGAAAAGCAUCGAUCGACUGCUGUCGCUCCUGUCGGUAUUGGACUGGCUCUGUUCAAUUGUGAACUGAUGGGCGUCCGGUAUACCGGUGGCAGCCUGAAUCCCGCGCGGUCGUUCGGUCCCGAGGUUGUAACGAGGGGGGGGUUUCCCGGCUACCACUGGGUCUACUGGGUCGGCCCGAUCCUUGGCGCGUUGCUCGCGGCUGCAUUCUAUAAAUUUGUCAAGGCGAUGGAGUUCGAUCAAAUAACCCCGAACAUCGACGAGCCUGCCCCCAAGAAAUCAGGCCCACCAGCCGAGAGCAAUGGGGCCCACGAGGUCCAAGGCGAAGCAGCUUAG